AUGCUAGGAUCUCACGAAGUACUACCUAUCCCAAAAACGUCCGUCCCCUCUGCCGCACCCUGUAGUUCCAUGAUAGCAAAUAUAGUUACAAGUUUUUAUGAAAAUUCAAUAAAUAAUUCUGGAUAUUGCAGUUUAUAUACGUCACGUAUACUUAUAAUGAAGAUUGUCGGUAUUGUUGUUGUAUCUUCAGGCACUAUCAACAUAAGUAAAUACAAGUUACACGACCUUGACAAUCAUGUUGUCAUAGUGACAGUGACAAACAUAAAUGUGGAAAUAAAACUAAAAAAUGUAGAUCUGUAAGUUUACACAAUGUCCGUGAAUAGAGGCGAAUUGAAAGUGUAUGUCUGAGGAGAUUAUUGUGAUUUCUGUUCUGUGCUACUUGUUACCCGCCAAAAACGGUAAAGAGGCAUAUACCUGAUUUUAAGGGUGACUCCCUUAACAACAAUACGAAGGAGGCUUUUUGUGCAUAAUUAUUUCCAACUAAUUACGAGAUUAAUCAGGAUUGCUUUAGAAAUUGAGAGAGAUUAUUGCUUAUCGCGAAAUAAACCAUGACAUGUCUACAUAGUGAUAUUUAACAACACAAGUGACUCUGAAAGAUAA